AUGUUCAAGGGCGUGCCCGCCGAGCAGCAGUGGACCCAGGUCAAAGCCGCCGUCCAGGAGAAGCUGCCUCCCAAGGUCAAUCUGUGGCACGUGAGCCAGGUCAAUGACAAGCAGGAGUGCACCAUGGUGUGCGCGCCUUUCGACGGUGACGUGACCUUCUUCGAGAAGCUCUCUCUCGAGUUAGGAGGCGCCACCCUGAAGUGCGAGAUUUGCUUCGGGGAUUUGCUGCAAAAGGCUCUCAAGGACAUGCCCAAGCACAUCCGCGACAAGCGGGAAAGGGAGUCCCGAAAGCGUCAGAAAGAAAGGAAUCGCCCGAUCAAGCUCGGCACCUGCCAUUUCAACAACGUCUCCAUGCUCCGGGGACGCGUGAAGGAGAUUCUGAACUCCCGCACCGACGGAGAACAGCUGAAGCCCGACGGCAGCGAUUUCAAGCUCAUCAAGAGCCUCUUGGAGUUCCACCCCAGCCCAGGGAAGAGCAAGGGCUUGGUCGGCAUCAAGGUCGCCCGAAGUCAACAGGGCGAUAGCCGCUGCUUCUACAUGAUCAGGGACGAUGGCACGGAGGAGGACUUCUCGGCGAAAAAGUGCUUAGACGCCGUGGAGGCGAACCCGCCGUAUGUGCAGCCCGAAGAGAAGACAGGUGAUAAGAAGCCUCAGGCCAAAGCAGGAGCCAAGAAGGAGGAGCCCAAGAAGAAGGAGGAGAAGACGGAGGAGAAGGCGGAAGAGAAGGCGGAGGAAAAGACCGAAGAGAAGAAGGAAGAGAAGGCGGAGGAGAAGAAAGAGGAGAAGUGA